AUGACUGACACUAUGCAGCAUUCGGAAGAGCCUAGGAGCCCGCUCGCUUCGACCCCUUGUGGGUGCGUGAAACCGGCUUUAGAAACAGGUAACAUUUUAACUGAACCAAUUGGUUACAUAGAGUCAUGUUUCUCAGCGAAGAAUGGGACACCAAGGCAACCAACCAUUUGCAAUUUAUCACGUGCUUGUUUGAGGAUAAGAAAAAGUGUCUUUAACAAUCCUGAACAUUCCGUAAUGGGCUUAGAGCAGUUUUCACAUGUUUGGGUUUUGUUUGUUUUUCAUAAAAAUGGUCAUUUGAGUAGUAAGGCAAAAGUGCAGCCUCCUCGGUUGAAUGGUACAAAGACUGGAAUCUUCUCUACGAGGAGUCCCCAUCGCCCUAAUGCAAUAGGACUUACUCUUGCCAAGCUGGACAAAAUAGAAGGAGGAGCUAUAUAUCUCUCUGGAAUUGACAUGAUAAAUGGUACACCUGUUCUGGACAUAAAACCGUAUAUAGCUGACUAUGAUUCACCGCAUGAUCUGAUUGAACCUUUAGAUGAGCUCAAUUUACAAGAAAGGGAACCAAAACAGAAAGAUUUUUCUCACUCGGUUAACAAAGUGGGUAAUAAUGAGCAACCGCAAAAAAUAGAGGAUUUCAGACCUCAGUACCAUAGUUCAGAGGGAAAAAACCCUGAAGACCAAACAGAAGAAGAAAAAUAUUUGAAAGAUAAAGACUCAACAGAAGUGAAACAGCCAUUAAAUAAGUGCAAGAGCUCUAGAGUGGAUUGUAUUUUAGAAAGAAAAACAAAUCAGAAUAAAGAUGAAGGACAAAUUGACUUGCACCCACCAAAGGAAGGUAUAGACAGUAGGUUAAGUAUAGUGGAAGAAGAUGCAGCCACAAAAGAAAAUAGCUCAGGGACUCGUCACCCUUCCAGCCUGGGUAUUUCAGCCUCUACCACUUUUGUUCCAUCCUGGGUGAAAGAUUCUCCUGUGACUACUUUAGAUGUCCGAUUUACACCUCAUGCAGAAAUGGAUCUUGAACGAUUUAAUUCAGAAGAUGAAAAAGAUGUCAAUAUAACUUCAUUUAAAUAUUUUCGAUCAGUGAAAGAGGCAAAGUGUGCUAUUACUGCUGUAUUAGCUGCUGAUCCCCGGUCUGUGUAUCGAAGGAAACAUUGCCAGGACCGUCUUUUCUACUUUUCAUUGGACACAGCUCAUAUUACUUGCUGGUUUGGUGAUGGGUUUGCAGAAGUGCUACGGAUCAAACAUACUGACACUGUUGAGAAUUCAAUUUGGCAAUGUUCAUUACAGUCAGCUCCAUCUUAAGUAAUACAGAACAGGGAAACCUAUCUUAGAGACUUCUUACUGAUCAUCCUGUGGAAUGACUCCAUGAAGGAAGCCUUUGGGCUUUCCUUCUUUCUUCAUUCUCUUCCUCUUCAUCUGAAUCCUUCCUGUACUUGUUCUCAUUCAUAUCUCAACUUGUUUUUUACUUGAUUCAGGAAUAAUCCAGAAUGGAGUCAGGCAACGAGUGAUGGUAGUGGUAAGGAUGAAGAAGGAGGAUAAACCCUCCACAAUUUUUCUCUCAGCUUCUAGUACUGCCAUGGGCUUCCUUAGUUUCAGUACUGAUCUUAUAGCCCUCCCUCCCACCCUCCACCCCCCUUUUUUUUUUUUUUUUUUACUAAUAUAUCAACAAACUUUUUAUUAUUAGUUAAAAAAAAAUCCUUAGAUAACAUUAAAAUAUUUGUAUAUGUGAGACUGCCCUCUGUUUAUCUAAUUAAUAAGCAUUUAUUAAGCAUCUAGUAUUGUGCCAGCCAUUAUGUGCAAUGCUUUUUAAGGUGGUGAGAAUAGAAAAGCCAGUAAAUUUGGGGAAGAAAAAAAGAGAACAGUAUUUUGGGGGGAGGGGAGUUAGCUUUAUAAAAGACUGUUCCUAUAGGUGUAUAGCAGCAUGGGCUUCUUAUCCUUGGUCCUUGUUUUUUAUCUUCUGUCAGCUAUCAGGUGGAGAGAGGGUCCUGUAUAUCAGGACAGGAAGGAGGAAGCCAUUACUGUUAUCCAAAGGGACAUUGUUAUAUAUGCUAGUCAGAUACUAAUAGUACUAUUUGUACAAUAUCAUACUAUUGGUAUAUUGUUCAUUAAAUAUACUCUUGUGCAUUUUUCUUAUAGUCUACUUAUGGUUAUUGCAAAUGAAGGAAGCCCAUCUUACAGUUCCUACUGCUUUGGUUUCUCAUGUCCAAAAUGGUUGUAUGGAAACAUGUAUUUUAAUAAAUGUUCAUUUUAUAAAAAUUAUGUCAAUAUCAGAA